CAAACCAAUUCUUCAUCUCACCACAAAAAUCUCUCUCUCUCUCUCUCUCUCUAAAAAACAAUCCAAUUCAAAAAACUUCGAAGCUUUCCCUCUAAUCUCAUUAAUGGCGCCGAAAGCCGAGAAGAAGCCCGCCGAGAAGGCCGCCGCCGCCGAGAAAGCUCCGGCGGAGAAGAAGCCAAAAGCUGGGAAGAAGCUACCAAAGGAGGCCGGAGCAGCCGCCGGAGACAAGAAGAAGAAGCGACACAAAAAGAGCGUCGAAACCUACAAGAUCUACAUCUUCAAGGUUCUGAAGCAAGUUCAUCCUGAUAUCGGAAUAUCAAGCAAAGCUAUGAGUAUCAUGAACAGCUUCAUCAAUGACAUCUUCGAGAAGCUGGCUCAGGAAUCUGCUCGACUCGCUCGGUACAAUAAGAAGCCGACGAUUACUUCUCGCGAGAUUCAGACUGCUGUGAGACUUGUUCUUCCUGGUGAAUUGGCUAAGCAUGCUGUUUCUGAGGGUACUAAGGCUGUUACCAAGUUUACUAGCUCUUAAUUUAGGUUUUAAUUGUGAGUUUUAGGGAUUAGGGUUUGGUUGUUCAAAUUUGGGUAAAUUUGGAAUUGAAUUAUGGUGGUUAUUAUGUAACUAAUCUUACAAAUUAAUGGAAAUGCUUUUGUCAAA